AUGUUUGAGAAAGUGCUCAAACUCUGGAGAGAGACGUUCCCUCAAUCGAAGCAUAACUUGAUGAGCAUCGAGUAUGUGGCCGCUAUUGAAGAGUUCAACGAGUACUUCCCCGGAUACGCGACGAUGAACGAGCAGAACUACAGAAAACUUCGCAAGUACUACAGGAAUCUGAAGGCGCUGCCGCUUUGUCUGCCACUUAGAAACAGCUACGCUUCCGCCAUGGCACUGGAUAACUCUUUGGAAGAGUGGCUGGAGAACAACCCGGAGAAACGGUCUCCAGGAUUGUCUGGGGAAUGGGCGGUCAGUAGUUACUAGUUAGUGAUCUCACAAUUUAUUUACUUGAAUUUGCAGGUGGAUAUCUUCGCGGAUCACAACGAGAGAGUCAUGCAAAAGUACCGAAAGUAUAAGAGCCAACGACUGCUUAAGCUGUCUCUGACUGUGGACGAACGAAAAGAGCGAGCGAACAAGAUGAUCAUCAGAAAUAACUUUGAACUGAAAUGGCUACUCGGCAGAGAGGAGUGGAACAAUCAUUCGAAGCAGCUGGAGGAGAAGUAUCGGCAGGAAGUGGAGGAGAAGGUCCGCGCGCAGGUCCAGAAGGAGCUCGGUCUGUGA